GUAUGCAGUUGUUGUUGUGCUGGUGCUGGCCUCUGCAGCCAAACAGAAGGGAAAAAAAGGCUUCGCCGAUCUCGACGUCGCCCAGCGCCCCAUCUUUUCCGGCCUUCGCUCCGCUCCCCAACAGCGGGGCCCUUUAAUUUAGUUUAACCGUCUCCUGCCUGUUUUUUUCCUUUCCCCUUUCAUCUGCCUAACGCCGUCACGAAUUCCCUUCCCUCCUACGCCUUCCAAACAACUCCCCCCGUCCGCUCCGCUCCUCUUCGAAACGACGCGUCUACCGUUACGCCUGAGCCUGGCCCGCCGCAGAAGCUUAUUUGGGCUCAAGACACACGCCAGAGCUAGGGAUAUCUGCGCUGAGGAAGAGACAAACCGUUGGGUUACGGACUACAGACACGCAGUAUAAGACAGAGGACUGUUUUGUGUUCUCGGGUACUCGGUGUGGCAUACACAGGACGACUGAAGGCCAGCUCCACGACAGAGAGUCCACGGUUUCGCGAAAAUGGUCUACAUUCGGCAACAUGUGUUGCCCAAUUUGCGCAACUACAAGUACGCGGGUGUUGAUCACUCGCUCAUCAGUCGCUAUGUCCUCAAGCCGUUCUACAGCAAGUGUGUUAUCCAUUUGUUUCCCAUGAACAUGGCACCCAACCUCAUCACCCUGACCGGAUUCUUGUUUGUGGUACUCAAUUUCCUAACCGUGAUGUGGUACAACCCCGGCAUGGACACGGACUGCCCGCCCUGGGUGUACGCAAGCUGCGCGAUUGGCAUGUUUUUGUAUCAGACUUUUGAUGCGGUGGACGGCAUGCAGGCACGGAGGACGAGGCAGAGUGGGCCGCUGGGCGAGCUCUUUGAUCACAGCGUUGACGCAUGUAACACUGCCUUGGGUGUGCUCAUUUUUGCCGCGGCAAUGAACCUUGGAAACUCCUGGAGCAGCAUAUUGUGUCUUUUUGGAUCGACUAUGACCUUUUAUGUCCAGACCUGGGAUGAAUUCUACACCCAGGUGCUGACUCUCGGUGUCAUUUCGGGCCCUGUCGAGGGAGUCCUCACUCUCUGCCUCGUCUACGCUAUCACCGCGUACAUGGGCGGCGGUAGCUUCUGGCACCAACCGAUGCUCGAGACCCUCGGUGUCGCCAAGCCUAGCUUCGUCUCCGACCAAGUGUAUGAGAUGCCUUUUACGCAGUGUUACCUGGUGUACGGUGCGUUUGUGCUCUUCUUCGCCACCGGCUCGAGCAUCUGGCACGUUAUGCAGGUGCGCCGCCAGCGCGGCCUGGACCCUAUCGCUCCGCUAUACGGCCUGCUGCCUAUGAUCGCCAUCUGGACCCUCGUCCCGGCUUAUUUGUACAUGCAGCCCGCGAUCCUGGAAAACCACACCAUUGCUUUCUCAUUGUACGUUGGUCUGGUCAACGCCUACGCGGUGGGCCGCAUGAUCGUCGGUCACUUGGUGCAGUCUGGAUUCCCGUACCACAACAUCUUGCUGUAUCCCUUGGCCCUCGGUGUGAUGGACAGCGCCGGGGCGGCUGUCGGUCUGUGGGCAACCCCCAUGCUUGGAAAUGGGUCCAACCAGGUCAUGUUUGUGUUUGGCUGCCUUGGGCUGUCGAUCGGUAUCUACGGUAGCUUCGUGUUUGACGUGAUCACUACCAUCUGCGACCACAACGACAUCUGGUGCUUGACCAUCAAGCACCCGUACGUCGAGGAGACCGAGCUCAAGGACGGUGCGGCCAUCAAGGCUGGCGUCGAGAGUGCGGCGAAGAAGGACUUAUAAACCCGUCGUUCGGAGACUGGCGUGCAGCGCCGUGCAUUGUUGGGUGCACUUGUAAUAAGACCUGCGUGUGAAGGUCAGUUCAACCUGGAUCACCGCGAGUCAAUUACCAAAGAAAAAGCAUCUCGUCCGAUUUGGCGAAUUGCGGGGAGACAAUCGAGACCACGAGUGAGGGGGUGGACUCGGGAUCGGAACAUUAUUUGAGGAGGCGGCAAGACCAGCGGGGAUUUGGUCCUAAUGAUUUUGUUUUCAGCCAGUACAUAAGCUUAACAACAUCGGUUUGCUCGGUGUCAUAGACUUUUAAAUGUAAUGUGAGAUGUUCGAAACGAAUGUAUGCGAU